AUGAGCCCUGAGGACCACAGAGAAUACCAGCAGCACCAAUCACAACAUGCGCAGCAAGUUGAGAGUGAUGAUUUGGCCCUGGCCACUAAACGCAACAUCCGACAACUCCUGACAGAGAUGAAACUGAUGUUUGACUCCGACAUCAAUCUGGUCCGGACAGAGAUACAAGCCAUGACCAUGAGAGUUCAGGCCACAGACGAUGACCUCAUGGACAUACGACAAGAGCUGAAUAGCAUGGGGAACACCCUCUGCCAACUGCAGUCUGCUAACACAAUA